AUGGACAAGGAGCUCGCCGUGGCACGGACCGAUGCCGAUGCCGAUAUUUGCAUUCCCACGGCCACCGAGGCUUACUCCGAUGAUACCGAGACCGAGACCGAUAUCGACAUCGACACCGACAGUCACACCCUCGAGCACCCCAAUUCGCUUGAAUUGUCGCGCAUAGAGACAUACCGGCUGCAACAGAAGACAACAGUUGGGUCGACGAGGGGUCCCCAGCCGCGAGAGACAUGGCUGCCCAUGGGUGCUGGGAAGGAGUACCCUCCCUUAUUGCCCGAUCCAGAGGGCUUUGUAGUCGAGUUCGACGGAGCGGGAGACCCAAUGCAUCCGUAUAAUUGGAGUUUGACUAGACGGAUCCUACUCGUAAUCAUUCUAUCAUACAGCACAUUCGCCAAUUCCUUCACAAGCGCCGUCUUCUCCGCCGCCAUUGGAGCCGUCAGCGAAGACUUCCAUAUCAGUCGAGAGGCCGCAUCACUCGGCGUGACACUCUUUGUGCUCGGCUUCGCCGCUGGCCCUAUCGCCUGGGCACCCAUGUCCGAAGUAAUCGGCCGGCGCUGGCCAGUCUGCAUCGGGGCAUUCGGAUGUGGCGUCUUCACAAUCGCCUGCGCAACAGCCAAGGACGCACAAACAAUCAUGCUCACCCGGUUCUUCGCCGGCUUAUUCGCAGCAGGGCCUUUAUCCGUCGUGCCCGCCGUCUUCGCGGACCUAUUCGCCCCCGCGCAGCGCGGAAUCGUCAUGUCCCUAUUCUGCAUGGCUGUCUUUAUCGGACCCUUUGCUGCGCCGUUUGUCGGUGGGUUUAUUGCAAUGACGCUCGGAUGGCGCUGGAUCAUGUAUAUCUCGGCCAUUAUGGUAUUUCUGGGAUUCGUGCUGGUGGCGCUGUGGAUGGAGGAGACUUAUGCGCCGGUGAUUCUGGUUCACAAGGCGUCUGUCUUGCGACGGCAGACGCAUAACUGGGGCAUUCAUGCGAAACAGGAUGAGGUGGAGGUGGCGUUUGCAGAACUCGUGAAGAAUAACUUUAUGCGUCCGCUGCGGAUGCUCGUCACCGAGCCUAUCCUGCUGCUUGUCUCGCUUUAUAUCUCGUUUGUGUACGGGCUGAUGUAUGCCCUGCUGGGUGCCUACCCGGUUGUCUUCCAGGAGGUGUACGGCAUGAAUAUGGGUGUUGCCGGGCUGGCGUUCAUUGGGCUUAUUAUUGGUGAGCUGCUCGGGGGAGUGUACAUUCUGCUCUUGCAGAGCGGGUAUGUACGCAAACUUGAAGCGAAUAAUAACCAGCCUGUCCCUGAGUGGCGUCUGUCUCCGGCGAUUGUCGGGUCUGUGGCGUUUGCAGCUGGUCUGUUCUGGUUUGGAUGGUGUGGGUAUAGACCUGAUAUCCACUGGAUGGCCCCGGUUGCGUCUGGGCUGUUGACGGGGUUCGGGAUCUUUUGUAUCUUUUUGCAGUGCUUUAACUAUAUCGUGGACUGCUAUCCCACACUAGCGGCCUCAACGAUUGCAGCAAAUACCAUCCUCCGUUCGGCGGUAGGAUGUGCCUUUCCGCUAUUCUCUCGGCAGAUGAUGGAGAAUCUGGGAGUACAGUGGGCCGGGACCUUAUUAGGGUGCAUCAGUGCAGCGAUGAUCCCGAUCCCAGUGCUGUUCCGAAUGUAUGGGCCGUGGCUGCGGCAGAAGAGCGCCCUGGCCUGUGCUUCGGUGUAUACUAAGGGGGAUGUUGAUGUAUGA